AUGCCAUUAGAGCUGUACACAGAUGAAGAUGAUGAGGAUGAUGACUGGGAUAUCUCCUCUCUGGAGGAUGUGCCCGCUGUGACCAAACCCAGCCAAUGUCCCGUACCCGUCAGGAAGAGCCUGGACAAGAGUGUGGACACCAGCACGAGUGUGUGGGGCUCAUCGACGGCCAAAGGACAGAAGCCAGGCCUCACAGACGCAGGAACCGGCAGCACUCUCAAAAGCAGUUUAGUGAGCGUCAGCGACUGGGAUGAUUCAGAUGAGAUAUAAUAAAAUGCAGCAGAGCAAUACCAAAACAUCCUCAAGUUAAUAUACCUUAUAAUUGUAAUAUCCAGUAUCUAUUGUAGCUCAGGCUUAGUGAUCUUUCAGGGACAGCAGUGCAAGAACUGAUAUUAACAGUGUUAAAGGUACUUUAUAUUAAAUAUAACAGUACAAGUACACCUAAUGCUAAGGAACAGCCAAGGGAUGUUGCACUUUAAA